GCCUCAGUCAGUACUCUGAGUCUAUUGAUCCUAAGUGCCUCUCGUUCUCACACCUUGUCAACAACAGUCACCCUGGUCCUCUCCUGUCCAGCUGUCCCAGACCUCCAGCGGAGUGUGGACGUCUUUCUCUGCCUACCAACACCCCCCCCCCCCCUUCUGCUUCGACUCCGUCUGCCUGGAUCCAAAUGUGGAUGUCUUCCUCUUAGACCUACCCGUCUAGACCCCCCCCCCCCUGUGCUGUGACUUCCUCUCUAUCUGUCUCGCCACCAUGCUGCUGCGCACCUCAGACUUCCUCCUGCUCUCUCUCUGCCUCUCCUGGGGGAUGUCUGCUUCUCUGGUCAGGAACAUCACUCCUGAAGAGGAAGUCCCAGAGGCAGAAACCAUGUUCGGGGAUGACACCGUUGCUGCUGCUACCGAGGGUGAUACAGAGGGUGAUACCAGGGGUGACACUGUUGCUGCUGCUACCGAGGGUGAUACCGGGGGUGACACUGUUGCUGCUGCUACCAAGGGUGAUACCGUUGCUGCUGCUACCGAGGGUGACACUGUUGCUGCUGCUACCGAGGGUGAUACCGGGGGUGACACUGUUGCUGCUGCUACCAAGGGUGAUACCGUUGCUGCUGCUACCGAGGGUGACACCGUUGUUGCUGCUGCUGCUACCGAGGGUGACACUGUUGCUGCUGCUGCUGCUACCGAGGGUGACACCAUUGCUGCUGCUGCUACCGAGGGUGACACUGUUGCUGCUGGUGCUGCUACCGAGGGUGACACCAUUGCUGCUGCUGCUACCGAGGGUGACACCAUUGCUGCUGCUGCUGCUACCGAGGGUGACACCGUUGCUGCUGCUACUGAGGGUGACACUGUGGGGGCAGAUAGCCUGGUUGUUGAUGAUACGCCUACCGCUGUAGAUAUCAGGGUGGAGGGUGACACUGUGGGGGCAGAUAGCCUGGUUGUUGAUGAUACGCCUACCGCUGUAGAUAUCAGGGUGGAGGGUGAUACCGUGGGGGUAGAUAGCCUGGUUGUUGAUGAUUCACCUACCGCUGUAGAUAUCAGGGUGGAGGGUGAUACCGUGGUGGCAGAUAGCCUGGUUGUUGAUGAUACGCCUACCGCUGUAGAUAUCAGGGUGGAGGGUGAUACCGUGGGGGUAGAUAGCCUGGUUGUUGAUGAUACACCUACUGCUGUAGAUAUCAGGGUGGAGGGUGAUACCGUGGGGGUAGAUAGCCUGGUUGUUGAUGAUACGCCUGCAGUGGAGGAACCUGUAGAAGACACCCCAGUGGCUGAAGACCUGGUGGCCGACAAGCCUGUUGCAGAUACCAUUGUAGCUGGGGCAUUUGUAGUCAAGGAAGCAGUUGCGGACUCCCCUGUUGCUGAUGAUCCGCUAGUAAACGCCCCUGUCAUGGCAGAUGAAGCCCCAGACACAGAGGCCCUCAUGGCGGACAUGCCAGUGGUGGAAGACCCUGCUUACAUGGAUCCGGAGACCCUUGUUAAAGAGGCCCUGAUAACAGAAGCCAUGAUUAAAGAGUUGUCUGCCCAGGUGGAGGAGGAAGACCUCGCUAAAGAGACUGAGAUUCAGGACACCAUCUUGAAAGAUUUGGCUGACCAGGAGGAACUAGAAAAAGCGACAGAGGCCAUUGAAGAGGCAGCAGAGGCAGAGGCAGAAGCUCCAGCGGAGGAUACAGCCAGCCCUGUGGUACCUGUCGUCGAAGCCCAGGAAGAGGACUCUGACUGGGGCUUGGUUUCCAUCAAAGAGAGCCUCCAGACAGCCAAUGGAUACUUUGACUCCCUGGUGGAAUUGAUGGGGGGACGCAACGGAUUGUGUCAGUACAAAUGCAAAUACGGUAAGACACCUGUGCAUCGCAUUGGUUAUGUGAUCCCAGAGCCCAAUGGUUGCAGCUCCGACCUUCUAGGAUUCCAGUUUGACAUGGGCAUCCCAGCCAUGACUCAGUGCUGUAACCAGCUGGACAGUUGCUAUGACACCUGCGGCUCCGACAAAAACCGCUGUGACUCCAAGUACCGCUUGUGUCUCCACGCUAUCUGCUCUGACCUGAAGAAGAGCCUGGGGCUUGUGUCAAAGGUCAAAGCCUGUGAGACCGUAGCAGAUACUCUGUACAACACAGUGUGGACGCUGGGCUGCAGAUCCUUCAUGAACAGCCAGAGGGAAGCAUGUCACUGUGAGGGAGAGGAGAGGGACGAGCUGUAGAGGACCAGGCAGGAAACUACACAACACCUCCCAGCCCUAGACCAAACUGGGGCACUACACUACUCAACACGCGAGAAAGCCGGGAGGAGAGGGACGAGCUGUAGAGGACAGGCUGGGACACUACACUACCCAGCACUACACUACACAACACUACCCAGCACUAGACCAACCUGGGACACUACACAACACUACCCAGCACUACACUACACAACACUACCCAGCACUAGACCAAAGUGGGAAACUACACUACCCAGCACUAGACCAAAAUGGGACACUACACUACACUACCCAGCACUAGACCAACCUGGGACACUACACUACACUACACUACACUACCCAGCACUAGACCAAAAAUGGGACACUACACUACACUACCCAGCACUAGAUCAACCUGGGACACUACACUACCCAGCACUAGAUCAACCUGGGACACUACACUACACUACCCAGCACUAGAUCAACCUGGGACACUACACUACCCAGCACUAGACCAACCUUGGACACUACACUACCCAGCACUAGACCAACCUGGGACACUACACUACCCAGCACUAGACCAACCUUGGACACUACACUACCCAGCACUAGACCAACCUUGGACACUACACUACCCAGCACUAGAUCAACCUGGGACACUACACUACACUACCCAGCACUAGACCAACCUGGGACACUACACUACCCAGCACUAGAUCAACCUGGGACACUACACUACACUACCCAGCACUAGAUCAACCUGGGACACUACACUACACUACACUACCCAGCACUAGACCAACCUGGGACACUACACUACCCAGCACUAGAUCAACCUGGGACACUACACUACCCAGCACUAGACCAACCUUGGACACUACACUACCCAGCACUAGAUCAACCUGGGACACUACACUACACUACCCAGCACUAGACCAACCUGGGACACUACACUACCCAGCACUAGAUCAACCUGGGACACUACACUACCCAGCACUAGACCAACCUGGGACACUACACUACCCAGCACUAGACCAACCUGGGACACUACACUACACUACCCAGCACUAGACCAACCUGGGACACUAUACUACACUACCCAGCACUAGAUCAACCUUGGACACUACACUACCCAGCACUAGACCAACCUGGGACACUACACUACCCAGCACUAGACCAACCUUGGACACUGCACUAGACAAACCUGGGACACUACACUACACUACCCAGCACUAGACCAACCUUGGACACUACACCAGAUCAACCUGGGACACUACACUACACUACCCAGCACUAGACCAAGCUUGGACACUACACUACCCAGCACUAGACCAACCUGGGACACUACACUACCCAGCACUAGACCAACCUAGGACACUACACUCACUACCCAGCACUAGACCAACCUGGGAAACUACACUACCCAGCACUAGACCAACCUAGGACACUACAGUACACUACCCAGCACUAGACUAACCUGGGACACUACACUACCCAGCACUAGACCAACCUAGGACACUACAGUACACUACCCAGCACUAGACCAACCUGGGAAGAGAGGGACUAGCUGUAGAGGACCAACCUGGGAAGAGAGGGACUAGCUGUAGAGGAUCAACCUGGAAAGAGAGGGACGAGCUGUAGAGGACCAACCUGGGAAGAGAGGGACUAGCUGUAGAGGAUCAACCUGGGAAGAGAGGGACUAGCUGUAGAGGAUCAACCUGGGAAGAGAGGGACGAGCUGUAGAGGACCAACCUGGGAAGCGAGGGACGAGCUGUAGAGGACAUGCAUGUACAUAGAACAAUAUCCUCUUGCAAGAAUCAUCAAUGGAAAGAAGAAGCCAACAGUCACUUGCAUCAAAAUGAAGGGGAAAAAAAUGAACAAGCACUCACUUGAUUCAGUUGAAAUUCAAGUCAACAUGGAUUCACACUAGAUAGCCACUCCUAUUUGUCAUAUCUUUAAUCUGAGUCUGGAGGACAAAUAAUUGUCCUUAGAACUGGAGGGAAACCAAAGUAAUUCCGGUACCCAAGAAUGGAAAAGCACCCUUUACUGGUUCUAACAGCUGACCAAUCAGCUUGCUGCCGACUCUUAGCAAUCUUAAUUUUAAAAAAUUGUGAUUGACCAGAAACAAUGCUAUUUCUCUGUAAACAAAUUAACAACAGACUUUCAGCAUGCUUAUAGAGAAGGGCACUCAACAUGUACAGUACUGCACUGACACAAAUGACUGAUGAUUGGUUGAAAGAAAAGGAAAAAAAGAUAUGUAUAACAAGAAAAUUGUGGGAGCUGUAUUGUUAGAUUUCAGUGCAGCCUUUGAUAUUAUUGACCAUGUCUUGUUAUUGAAAAAACGUAUGUGGCAGAGGCUUUUCAACCUCUGCCAUAUCAUGGAUUCAGAGUGAUCAAUCUAAUAGAACACAAAGGGUUUUCUUUAAUGGAAGCUUCUCUAAUGUCAAAAAUGUAAAGUGUGGUGUACCACAGGGCAGCUCUCUAGGCCCUCUACUCUUUUCUAUUUUUUUUUUACUAAUCAAUCAAAUGUAUUUAUAAAGCCCUUUUUACAUCAACAGAUGUCAGAAAGUGCUAUACAGAAACCCAGACUAAAUGACUGACCACGAGUCUUAAGUAAAGCAUGUGUGUCUAUGUAUGCUGAUGAUUCAACAUUAUACAUGUCAGCAACCAUGGCUAAUGAAAUUACUGCAACACUUAACAAAGAGUUGCAGUCAGUUUUAGAAUGGGUGGCCAGUAAUACAUUAGUCCUGAGUAUCUCUACAACUAAAAGCAUUGUAUUUGGUACAAAUUAUUCCCUAAAUUCAAAACCUCAGCUGAGUCUGAUAAUGAAUCAAUUGGCUGUUGAUCAAGAUGAGGAGACUAAAUUCCUUGGCAUUACCUUGGAUUGUAAACUGUCAUGGUCAAAACCUAUUCAUUCAAUGGUUGUAAAGACGGGGAGAGGUCUGUCCUUGAUUUAAACCUAGAUUCAGUCAGAUCAAUCGUUAACCAACGAUAGCAGACCCCUGCAUAGCGGCUGUUAUGGCAGUAUCUGAGGUGGAACUGCGUUGGAGCUGUCAAAUCGAUGAGCAGUUGCACAUGCGAUCAUUGUCAUGAAGCAACACCCGCUUCACUAGAAGCCACACCCUCCCCACUAGAAGCCACACCCUCCUCACUCGAAGCCACACCCUCCUCACUUGCGUUAGAAUGUGUAGGCUACAAAUAAUUAUGCAUUAAACAAAAUAAUAAGGAUUUCUAUUAUCAAGGUGUAGAUUACAUAUCACAUUGCAGUGUUCCCACUUGUUAACAAAUCUGCAUUGCCAAUGGCAAUGUCCGCUUUAGUUAUAAUGCCGGGAGCCACUUGUGGAUUUAACAGCUCAGUUCCACCUCGGGCACCAUCAAAAUAACCGUUAUGAAGAUGUUGAGUAGAGCCCAAAGAGGUGUUGAACCUACCAAAUUGUUUACGUAGUCAAAGACACAGCUCUGACACACACACUUAUCACACCAGACAUGCCACCAGGGGUCUUUUCACAGUCCCCAAAUCCCCAAUGAAUUCAAGAAAACGUACAGUAUUAUAUAGAGCCAGGAUUGGAAAUGGAAAUCCCUUUCAUCUCAGAUUGCUCAAGUGAACAGCAAACCUGGCUUUAAGAAACACAAUGCCUCUCCCCUAUUUAACCUAAAUAUGCGUAUGUACUGAUAGAUGCUACUGAAUUUAUAUGUAAUAUAUGAAAAUGAUAAAUGUAGGACUAGAAUAAUUGGUCUCUCUGUGUUUUUUUCCUCAGUAUUGAGUCAGUACAGAACAUUUUAGUUAUAUUGUUCUUGUUUUAAAUGCAUGUAGUUCUGUCCUUGA